CAAUGGGUGUGCUCGUUUUGUCCGCUUUCACUGUCCGGUCACUUACAGCUGUAGCAUGUAGUGGUUAUUAGAAGACACCGCCCGCUUGGCCACUAAGGACAAAUAAACCGAACUUCCGUUUGUUUUGAAAUGUGUUAUUUGUUGUCGGGGUUUUAAUGUACAAUUUAGUGUGUUUCAGCGGUUCGUAGGACAGUAGCCAUGCGCUACUCGACCAAACAUUUGUAAUUUUCCAAACUCCGUUUGCAAACGGAACAGAUCUCCAUAUUUUUGUUUUUAUACAGUAAGCCAUUUUGAAUUAAAAAAAAAAAAACAAAACAGCUAUGAAGAUCACAGAUAGUGUGUUGCGCAGUUUCAGGGUUGCAAGAACUUACAGAGAAAAUUCACAGAAAGUCAAUUGCGUGGACUUCAGCCAAAAUGGUGAACAUGCGGUAUCAAGCAGCGACGACGACUGCAUUGUGUUAUAUGACAUCCGAGAGGGAAAACCUAAAAGGACCCUGUACAGCAAGAAGUAUGGAGUGGACCUCAUCCGCUAUACACAUGGGGAUGCACACACGGUGGUGUACAGCUCAAACAAACUGGAUGAUACCAUCAGAUACCUGUCACUCACUGACAACAAGUACAUACGAUAUUUUCCUGGACACACUGCAAGGGUCAUUGCCCUCUCCAUGUCACCCGUGGAUGAUACGUUUAUCUCCGGAUCUUUGGAUAAGACGAUACGGAUCUGGGACCUGCGCUCUCCAAACUGUCAAGGUAUGACUAAUCCACUGGGGAAGCCUGUUUGUUCAUUUGACCCUGAUGGACUAAUAUUUGCUGCAGGGGUGGAAUCACAGGCAAUUAAACUGUACGACCUUCGUGCUUUUGACAAGGGCCCAUUUGCCUCCUUUGAGACAAGGUUUUAUCGCGCUUGUGACUGGACUGGUCUGACGUUCAGUAACGACGGGAAACAGAUUCUCAUCUGCACAAAUGGAGGCAUGAUUCGUGUCCUGAAUGCCUUCAAUGGGUCCACGCUGCACACGUUUUCUGGCUACAACAACAGUAAAGGUCUACCACUGGAGGCCUGCUUCACUCCAGACUCACAGUUUGUCAUGAUCGGUUCGGAGGACGGACGAGUUCAUGUGUGGAGCACAGAGAGCGGGAUGAAGGUGGCCGUGCUGGAUGGUAAACAUCCAGGACCCAUCAACACUCUGCAGUUUAACCCCAAAUACAUGACGUUUGCUAGCGCCUGCACUAACAUGUUGGUGCUAGAUUCAUGCAGAGAGCCGGCACAGAGCUGGGACCAGGAUUACGAUCAGUUCCUUCUCCCUCUGCUCACGCCUCAGGAGCCUUGCUACAUCCUCUAUCGGCUGGACUCCCAGAAUGCACAGGGAUAUGAGUGGAUCUUUAUUUCAUGGUCACCUGACCAAUCACCAGUGAGGCAGAAAAUGGUGUAUGCAGCGACUCGUGCCACACUGAAGAAAGAGUUUGGAGGAGGUCACAUCAAAGACGAAAUGUUUGGCACGGUCGAGGAUGAUCUUUGCUUCCAGGGAUACCUACGACACAAGUCCUCCUGCUCCUCCCCAGCUCCACUCACAACAGCUGAGCAGGAGUUGCAACGAAUUAAAGUCACAGAGGAGAGAGUCGUAUGGGAUGAACGCAGGCGGAUUGGGACUCCAACCGCCCGAGCGAGGGUCACAAUGGAGUUUGGCUUAGACAAACGGGCACAGACCCUUCAGGGUCUCGCUUUCCCUCUACAAGAAGAGGCCAAACGAGCUCUGCAGCAGCUCAAGCAGAAACGCAUCAACUACAUACAGCUGAGGCUGGACGUGGAGAAAGAGACCAUUGAGCUGGUUCACACCAAACCUACAGAAACCCACGAGCUUCCUUACAGGAUUCCCACGGAUUCACCAAGAUACCACUUCUUUGUCUUCAAACAUUCCCAUCAGGGCCAGCAGCAGGAAGCGCUGGUGUUCCUAUAUUCAAUGCCCGGCUACACCUGUAGCAUCAAGGAACGGAUGCUCUACUCUAGCUGUAAGAACAGGCUACUGGAUGAGGUGGAGAGAGACUACCAGCUGGAGGUCACCAAGAAGAUGGAAAUAGACAAUGGUGAUGGUCUGACAGAAGAAUUCCUGUACGAGGAGGUCCACCCAAUGGAGCACACCCUAAAGCAGGCCUUUUCCAAGCCCCGCGGGCCAGGAGGGAAGAGGGGCAACAAGCGUCUCAUCAAGGGAGCGGGGGAGAACGGAGAAGAAAAUUAGACACUACACACUUUUAUGAAACACAAGCAAACGACACGAUAUCUAGGAAUUGACUUGUUAUUUGACUAUUUAGCUUCUAACCAUUGCUUCUUUAUUUUUACGCGAGGACAUAAAUUUAACUGAAAAGAGGAAAACGGAUCCACCGUCAAGCAGAGUUCAUUUGUGCAGAAAUGAAAUCAAAUUCGGAUAUUGUUGUGAAAAUAAUGGAACUUAAUAAAAAAUCUCAUUUCUGAUCCACAAA